AUGGAUGAAAUCUAUAACCUGGCUUAUACCUUAUUCUAUUCAAGCAUCCCGUUCCUUGUCAUUGGAUUCAUAGGAAAUGUGUUGGUAGUACGAAUUGUUCACAAAACACGGGAGAUGCACACGCCGACAAAUUACCUUCUGGUGAGCAUAGCCGCUAGUGAUAUUAUUGCCAUUUUGUUGUGGCCGUUGUAUUUCUUUGAAGUUUGGAAAUUCGUUUGCAAGUUAGUUGUGCUCGUUGAACUCUGUAUAAUGGUUUCCUCCUUUACUAUAACUGUACUAGCGGUGGAAAGGUAUCACGCUUUAUUGAAGCCUUUCAGAAAUGGACUGCGCUUAAGAGAAGACAACGUUAAGAAGGCGAUCGCUUGCAUUUGGGUCGCAAGUAUUCUUAUAUGUCUUCCGGAAACUUUCUUUAAAGAAUGGAGUGAAACUCGUGAGACAUGUAUUGGUCCCUGGACUUUAUACUUAAAUCGAGGAAGCAAAGCUUGUAUGGUCUUAAAUGUGGUUGUAUCUUUUAUUCAACUCUCGAUCAUAAUGUACUGCUAUGGAACCUUGAUAAGGGGACUUUACUUCAGCAACACGGUGUGUGCAGAAACAGAUGAAGAAAGGAGAUCUGAGAAGAAGAAACUUGUUAUCACGUUCAUGUUGGUAACUUUUGGAUUUUUUAUGGGUUGUACACCAACCCUUGUUUCUUACGUGAUCAUUCCAUCAGGAGAUGGAACAACAGACGUUAGUUUUUACGCUCAACUUACGACUGUGGCUGAUUUUGUAUUCGUUGUAAGUUUAUGUUUCAACCCUUUUAUCUACGCUUUUCGCAGCACUAAUUUUAAGGAAGGGUUCAAACGAGUAAUUUUAUGUAGAAAUCCCCAAAGGAAUAAUGGAGUUUCUCAGCGUAGUUAA